AUGUUCCGCGUGAAGCAACGAGAUGCAGCAACUCUACUCCCGAUCAUUAGAGCACAUGUCAAACCAGGCUCUAUGAUUGUAUCCGAUGGUUGGGCCGCCUACGGAGGCAUCAGAACCCUCCAGAGAGCGUUUACACACAGAUGGGUCAAUCACAAAGUAAACUUUGUUGACCCCAGCGAUCGACGAGUUCACACUCAGUCUAUUGAAGCCACAUGGGGUGCUUUCAAACGGGAACUCAAAGCGAAAUGUGGCGUCCCAGAAGAUCAACUCGACGGAUACAUGUCGACAUACAUGUUUAGACGAUACUUCGGAAGAAAAAAACUUCUGAACCACCUUCUGAUCGAGAUGAAGUAUUAUAAGAAAGAAGAUGUCUAUGAUUCAAGUGAAUCUGAAAUCUCCACGGAUGAAAGCUCUGAUUACGACGGCGGUGAAGACGAACAAACCACAAUGGCUGCUCGUUUGAAUCGAAAUAGGAACGAACGUCGAAGUUCUUCUACCGCUUCUACAAUGAGAACCACCACCUCUUCUAAGCCAGAAAUGAUUAUCAAAACCAACAGACCAAUUUCGUCAACUACACCAAGGCAAACGACGACCAAAACUCGAAAACCUCGGAAGAAGACACAAAGUCGAAAAGCUGAUCCUACAACCACCAUCACAACCAGCAACCAUGAGGACCACGACCACCAUGAGAACAAGACGAACAACUUCCCAUCAGUCGAGACGAACCACGACAGAACCUCGUACGAAACGGACGACGUCUGCCCCUGA